AUGGCAGCCUACGAUGACGAUCGAAAAUCUUUAGAGGGGGAUGCGACCUACAUUCCAGCGGUAGCUGUACAGACUACCGAAGUCGAUGUCAUCCCUACACCCCCGGCUCCACAAUCCAAAUGGGAGUCACUUUACCGAAGUUCUCUUUUCCAAAUCUGCGUGGUCUCUGCGCUCGCUUUCUGUGGUCCCGCGAUGGCAGAUGCUAUCUCUGGGCUCGGGGGCGGAGGUCAAGCGACCCCAUAUACCGUCAAUGCGGCUCAAUGUGCAUCUUAUUGUGCUGUGGCGGUCAUUUCCCUCCUUGGUGGUCCCCUUGCCUCUCGAAUGGGUAUUAAGAACAUGUUAAUUGUUGGCGCAUCUACCUUUGCCAUCAACGGUUCGGCUUACUACGUUAACAGUAAAUACGGUGUCCAAUGGUAUUUGAUCUUCGGUCGAUUCCUCUACGGAGCUGGUUUCGGCUUCUGGUAUGUCGCCGAGGCUGCUAUCAUUCUGUCUUACCCUGAGGAAGGGCGACGAGGAAAAUAUCUUGCCAUUUGGGUUGGUGCCCGAAAUCUCGGUCAACUUGUUGGCGGUUCUAUCUCUCUUGCACGAAACGCCAAGACAGCUGCAGCAGGUGCCAUUGCUACAUCGACCUAUCUUAUUUUCGUCGGUAUCGAAGCUAUCGGAUUCCCUAUCUCCUUCUUGAUCUCUCCUCCUCAUAAAGUACGACGUUCAGAUGGUGUACCCAUCUUGCUUGCCGCCAAGCAACCAUGGAAGACCGAAUUUCUGCUUCUCUGGCGAGCGAUCAUUACUCCUCAGAUGCUUCUGCUCAUGCCCAUCGGUUUCUACUCCUACUUCUACGGCGGUGUCUUGUCUACCUAUUUGACUCUCUACUUUACCGUUCGGGCCAGAGCAUUAUCCAGUUUCAUCGUUCCAUCUGGUAUUAUUGUUUUCACCGGUAUCUACGGUCGAUUCUUCCUUGAUAACCGAAGAUGGUCUCAACGACUUCGUGCUCAAAUCGGUUUUGCCAUUUUCAUGGUCCCAUCAAUGGCUUCAUUCGCGUGGCUCGUGGUUAACCAACAGAAAUUUACUCACAUGGCCACAUCCCCUAAAUACGACUGGAACUCCUCUGGUUGGGCCAAUGCUUACAUUCCUUUCUACAUCAUGCAAGUCUGUGGAUAUCUUUGUCAAACUUACAUCUAUUGGUUGAUAUCCUGUUUCACCGCCGACGUUUCAGGAAAUGCUCGAACUGGAGGUAUCUUCCGAUGCGUCGAAGCUGUUGGUCAAGCUGUAUCUUAUGGUAUCAACUCCAAUGUUAAGACCAAGUCCAUUCCUCUUGCCAUCAAUUUCGCCUUGGCUGGAUUGUGUAUUCCUCCCACUAUUGCCAUUAUUCAAAAGGUCCCUCUUUACCGAGAAGAUGCUGCCAAUCGACCUGCCGGCUACGGGGAGGAAAAUGGGGAAGAGCUGGAGAAGAACGCUGAAGUACGCAGGUAA